AUGACGGCUACUCUCGUGGUGACCAGGAACCCGGCACCAACAGUCAAGAUUCCGCUAGCCGAACAAAUCCAGCAAUUUGGCGACAUUUCUUCGCCAUCUGCAGUCGUAGCCUCUCCUGCUUCCGACUUUUCCUUCUCAUUCGCCAAGGACACGUUCUCCUACACGGGAAACGGCAUUAACUACUACGCCACUUCAGCAAAUAACAGCCCUCUACCUUCAUGGAUCAAGUUCGACUCUGGCAGUCUGACGUUCACUGGAAAGACUCCGCCAUUCGAGUCUUUGGUUCAGCCGCCUCAAAAGUUUGACUUUAGUCUUGUUGGGUCUGACAUUGUAGGAUUUUCGGCCGUUUCAGUCGUGUUCUCUAUCGUCGUUGGCGCGCACAAACUGACGACUGAUACUCCCAUCGUCAACAUCAACGCGACGGCGGGGCAAGAAGUAUCUUACGAAACAUUGGCCGAAAGCAUCAAAUUGGACGGCAAAUCUAUCGCGCCGACUGAUCUGAACCUCACCACUUCCAACUUACCGAGCUGGCUCUCGGUCAAUAAUUCGACGCUAGUCCUGAAGGGCACACCUCCCGACGACGCAAAAUCCUCGAAUUCCACGCUCACGUUUCGAGAUGUCUACCAAGAUACUCUUGAUAUCUUGUUGUCUGUCUUGAUAACGACUCGAAUCUUCCGGAACACGACACUCCAAUUCGAUGUUACGCCUGGGGAAGCCUUCUCAUUUGACGUUGAGCCCUAUUUAUGGACUCCAGCCGAUGUAGAAUUGGGCCUCAGCAACUCGCAAGAUUGGGUGGAGGUUGAUGGGCUCAAAAUCACAGGAACAGUCCCCAAGUCUGCGUCACCGAAGAACACCAAGCUUCUCGUCAAGGCCACCUCGAAGAGCUCAGGAGAGUCCGAGACCGUUGCUGCAGAUCUUGAAAUUUUUCCGCAGCAAGCGAAAAUCCAAGAAGAGGGUUGA